ACAGGCGACGACAAGAACUGACAAGAACAGAGACAAGAAUCGAGAGGCGCGUCCGAGUACUCCGAGUGCGAGUCACUCGCGCUCCGAAUCGUGACUUUCUCCUCCACCGGGAUUAGAUCGUGCGAGUCCGUGCGAGUUGCGACAAGUUGGUGUGCGAUGCGAAUGAUUUGAACGUGAAACGUCAGGAUACCUACAUCUGGCGCUUCGCGAUCCCGUCACGUUCUCGCGAAGCGCGGUGUGCGCGGACGAUGAGAAUACCGGGGACGACGAGGACAGGUCGGGCCUGAGGUACGGACCGUUUGCUACGGUAGCAGCGUCGUCGUCGUCGUCGUUGUCGUCGCGAUCGGAUGAACCGCCGAUCGUCGACGGGAAUUGGGCGUGUGUCGCGUAUAUACGAGGAGGAAGGCCAGAUAUCGCCCGUCGGUGGGCAGCGCGCGCAUGCGAAAACGGAUACGGGAUAGUGGAGCCUUUUUGACGGAUCCGUGACCGCUGCAAUGGCGACGGCGCCUGGCGACUCGCCUACUUUCUAAGUUCUAUCGAGGUGAGAGGCCUGAUCGCGCGCGCGUGUUCUAUCGUCGCGUACCAUCCGCUGGACCGUCCUCGAGGAUAAGAUAAUCGAGACGAAUCCUCGAUAGAACCGUCGUGUCAAGGAUUAGAGUCCUCUUGAUAAUCUGGAGAAAAACAGGACACGCCGUUCUCCCGUGGCGAUGCGGCAGGCAGUCCGCUGGUGCAGCCGAGCGUCGUCCCAGGGCUCCGGGAUAUCCGGAGAAUGCGCGGCACCGCCUCGCGAGUGCUUCUCCACGCGGAUGUGAUCCUUCCGGCACGGCUCGCUUCCACCCGCGAUAUCCAGCCGACGGUUCCGCCCGUCCUGUGUAUCCUCGAUCUCUCGUCCUCCGGACGACGGCGCAGCUGACAGAUCUCAACAGUUCCGUCUUGGUGAUACCCUCGUGUGGACCCUUCUUCUCUUUUUCCCAGGUAAUGAACCACGCGAACGAUUAAUCGGAUUAACGUGACGCGGCACCGCCGCGAAGGUCCGCCUAUGACUCGUUCUUGAUUUUUAACGCCUACGCAUCCGGCGAUUUGCGUGUCUAUAUAUAAGACUGUGAACUUUAAACGGGUUGCUCCAGUGCGACUUUGAUAUAGCGAUACAGACCGUUAAAUGUGAGAAAGAGGACUCGUUUCGUGAACAGCGGCAGCGGCGCGAUUCGAAGAUCGUUUGAGAGGAUCGUAAAUCGUAGUCGGAUAGACUCAACGGCCGAAACAUGGGGAACUGCUUCAGCAGCCCGACGGACGUGGAGAAGGAGAAGCCGGACAGGAUCGGCAAUCCCAGCAUAGAGGCGGUCGCGUCGCAGGUCAGCCCGGUGCCGACGCCGCCGCCGGAUCCCAUCAGGCCGAUUCCGCAGAUCCCAGACAUGGAUGUCACCACAGCGAAGAUAUUCGUUGCUCUGUACGAUUAUGACGCUCGCACCGACGAGGAUUUGAGUUUUAAGAAGGGUGAACACUUGGAGAUCAUCAACGACACGCAGGGAGACUGGUGGCUGGCCAAGAGUAAAAGGACCAGACAGGAGGGCUACAUUCCCAGCAAUUACGUCGCCAAAUUGAAAUCAAUCGAGGCAGAACCAUGGUAUUUCAGGAAGAUUAAGCGAAUCGAGGCUGAGAAAAAAUUGCUACUGCCGGAAAACGAUCACGGCGCGUUUCUGAUAAGAGACUCCGAGAGCCGACACAAUGAUUACUCCCUUUCAGUGCGUGACGGCGAUACUGUGAAACACUAUCGUAUUCGUCAAUUGGACGAGGGUGGCUUUUUCAUCGCCAGGCGAACCACGUUCAGAAAUUUGCAGGAUCUCGUGGAGCACUACAGCAAAGACGCGGAUGGCCUGUGUGUUAAUCUGUGCAAGCCUUGCGUGCAGGUUGAGAAACCCGUAACGGAAGGCCUUAGUCACCGUACGCGGGACCAAUGGGAAAUCGAUCGUUCGUCGUUGAAAUUCCUGAGGAAGUUGGGACAGGGCCAAUUCGGCGAGGUGUGGGAAGGUCUGUGGAACAACACUACCCCAGUGGCGAUAAAGACGCUCAAGCCAGGCACCAUGGACCCGAAGGACUUCCUUGCAGAGGCGCAAAUUAUGAAGAAACUCCGACACGCUAAACUAAUUCAGUUGUACGCUGUGUGUACGAUGGAGGAACCGAUCUAUAUCAUUACAGAAUUGAUGAGGAACGGCAGUCUUCUAGAAUAUUUACAAGGUAUGCAAGGAAAAGGUAGAGGCCUAAAACUGCAGCAACUAAUCGACAUGGCCGCGCAAAUAGCUGCCGGUAUGGCGUAUUUAGAGUCGCAGAAUUAUAUUCAUCGAGACUUGGCCGCCCGUAAUGUUCUCGUAGCAGACGGAAAUGUCGUUAAGAUCGCGGACUUUGGUUUGGCUAGGCUUAUCAAAGAGGAUGAGUACGAGGCUAGAAUAGGGGCGCGCUUCCCUAUUAAGUGGACCGCUCCUGAAGCCGCCAACUACAGCAAAUUCAGUAUUAAAUCCGACGUAUGGUCGUUCGGAAUUCUCCUUACCGAAUUGGUCACAUACGGUAGAAUACCCUAUCCAGGUAUGACGAAUGCUGAGGUUCUUCAUCAGGUGGAGCAUGGCUAUAGAAUGCCAAGUCCACCCGGCUGUCCUGACACACUUUAUAAUAUCAUGCUGGAAUGCUGGAACAAGGAUCCUAUGAAAAGACCGACUUUCGAGACGCUUCAGUGGAAACUUGAGGAUUUCUUCACCAUGGAAGGUUCCGAGUACAAGGAAGCGUCUGCGUAUUGAAUAGAGGAUUUCGAAUUCUUCUUCCAUAUUGCUCCAUUAAGAAAUCCGGUAAUUGUGCCGUCGUCGUUUCAUCGACGGCGAUUGUUACGAUCUUCUUCAUUGAUCUAUUUGUGACACUAGUUUUCGCGGUACUUCUG